AUGCCUGCUCCAGCGUCUCAAGCCGCUCGCAAGAGAGUUGUUCACCAACUUGACACUCCCUUUUCCACUGUCUCAUGGCCAGAUGUCUCAGCAGAAGAUCAAGACACUAUUUUGGAGCUUUUAUGCGAAGCAGGACAAGUUAUCCGAAAAGCAAACAUUACUGACAGCCAAAGCUUAUUGAGCCCUAUUGGUCAAUAUCGCCAAACACACGUCAAGCUAUCGAAGGGUAAACGUGCGGCGCAAAAGGAGAAAGAAGUCAAGAAGAUAGGGGAUGGCUCGGAAGAACCUCAGCCGCCACCAAUGCCCGAGCUCGAAGCCGAUAUAGAUGUUGGAUUUAACUCAAUUGCUAGGAAUCUCCAGUCAUGGUCGUCAAAGAACACUGAAUCUACAGAAGACGAACUUAAAAGGCAGUAUUGCAUGGUUUUCGUAGCUCGAGGCAACCAGGCCUCGGCAUUCAACUGCCAUUUUCCACAGAUGGUUGGUACAGCAUCCAAACAACUCCCUGCGGAUAGUCAUAUUCGUUUGGUUGGGUUUUCCAAGCCCUGCUCUGAGCGCCUGAGCGCCUGCCUAGGAGUUCCCAGGGUGUCAUCCAUUGCCAUUGUCAAGGAUGCUCAUGGAGCCGGAGCCUUGCAAGAGUUUGUCAUGAAGGCAGUGGCACCAGUGGAGGCAUCGUGGCUAAAUGCAUCUUCAAGUACACAGUAUCUUGCUCCAAAGAUCAAUGCUAUAGAGACCACGGUAGGACCCAAACGCGCACGGGUUGAACAGUUUGACUAG